ACAAAAAAUUGGUAAUCCAUCUUUUGUUUACUUUUUUCACUGUUUGCAAAUAUUGGUAAACAUUUAAUGCAAAUUGCUCAUUAAAUGUUUUGACUAAUACCCAAAUCGAUUUCCUUCCCCACGAAAUCUAAAUUCGAAAACUCCACAGCCUUAUAAAUCUAAAUCGAAAGAUAAUAUAUAAUUAUAACCGGAAAAAAUUUCUAAAAUAUCUAUUUUUAAGUUUUUGUCACAAAAAUAAUCAUCAAUGAAUAAAAUGACCAAAAUAAGUUUUAUUAAAAAAUAAAAAUAUUUUUUUCUAGGGUUAACUAAUCUAGAUUUAUGAUUUAGAGUUAAAGGAUGAAGUUUUGGAGAUAUUGUUUCGAAAUUUUUAAAAUAAAUAUUAAAAUUUUCAAAAUAAAAAUAAGUUAUUUUAGUCAUUUUCUUUUUUUGAUGGUUAUUUUUGUGAUAAAAAUUUUAAAAUGACUAUUUGAAAAAAAUAACCUUAUAGCUAUAUGAUAUUCACUCUUAAUUUUUUUUGUUAACUUUUGAAAUUGGUAAAAAUAAUUCAAGUUGGAAAAGAAGAUAUGAUGAAAAGGAAAUCAAACCUGGGAAAGUCAACUAAAGAAUAUCACGGUUCUGUUUUUCAUAUUUCGCCCGUCAUCAGUUAGUUUUAAAUUGGUCCAUUUAAACCGGUCAAUAGGCGCAACCAGGAAGCAAACCGGUCGGUGUGCGUGUCCGAAAAACGUGGUCACCAUCAGCGCGUGCUCAACACGGAGAUUCCGAUUCCCAAUCAAAUCGGGAAGACAAAAGAAAAAAAAAGGUUAUAUUCCUACGAUAUUGGGGAAACUUCUUCGAUUAGGAAUAGAACCAGAUUUGAUUCUCAGUUUAUUUAUAUUCCUCUUUCCCUCUCUCCGACGCUUCUCGUCGGAAACUUGGGAUUCAGUUUAUCCUGCACACAUCGGAAGAGACUCUAUUGAUUCUACGAACGGCGUCGUUUCGAUUCAAUCCACGUCCAAGCUAUAUAAUGAAGCACGAUAGCCAGCAGAAGAGGAGGAAGAAGAAGAGGCCCUCCUCCGGUGACGGAGCAGCAACGUCCGGCGUGAACACAAAAGAGUUGGAUGAAGAGAAGAGGCAUAUCGAAUCGUUGAUGGAUGCCUUUUGCUCUGUUUCCAUGGAGGAAGCCACGUCUGCUUAUAGAGAGGCAGCCGGAGAUUUGAACAAAGCCGCCGAGCUUUUGUCGGAUCUGGUGGAAAACGGUGAUGACCCGUCGACGAGUUCGGGUCAGGAAACCGGGUCUACUUCUGAGUACGGGGCUGGAUCGAGCUCCAGCUGCUGCGGUGAUGACGUGGCGAGAGAGAGUUUGUUUAUGGGAGGACGAAGCAAGCAGAUUAGAGUUAUUGCUGCCACGGGGAUGGUGUCUUCCGUGAUUGCCAAGGAUUACUUGAAGGCGAAGAAAGAGUUUCCUUCUUUUGUGGAAAGGUCUAAAGAGCUCUCUGGGAAGAAAGCUGGGGAUAGAGAGAAAGCUGAGCAGUUUUUAACUUCGAUGCUUGGAGAUGAUUGUGAGCUUAGCAUGGCUGUUGUUAGAGAUGUCCUUUGUCAAUGUGGCUACGAUGUGGACAUGGCCUUGAAUGUGUUGCUUGACAUGUCUUCUUCUUCAUCAACUAAUGAUGAUUCAUUAAGUGGUAGAUCUUCCCGCAUAGGAUUCAGCGAUAGUCAGCUGGCGGAUACAUCAUUUGAUACUGAUACUUCCGAAAGUGAGCCAAGCUUCUGGGGAGGCUUUAGUCCAAGGGAUUACUCGAAAGCUCUCAUGAGUGAUCCUUUUACAACUAGACAAGGAAGUUGUGAGCCUUUUCAUCCACAAAAGAUGUUGGAGUCUCUGUUCAACAUUCCCCAGAGUACUAAACACGAACCGAAGACAAUGAGUUGGAGAAACGUCGCCAAGAAAAUGCAAUCACUUGGCAUUGAUGCUUCUUCAUCUAGUGGUGAAGGGUCACAUCCUGAAAAUUUUGGUAAGGAUGAUGGAUAUCAUGAACUUAGAAAAGGUGCAAAUGACCAGUGGAAUGUAACUAAGUCCUACUAUCAAAAAGCUGCAGAAGCAUAUUCCAAAGGAGGGAGGGCUCAUGCGGCUUACCUUUCUGACAAGGGAAGAGCGGCAUCUAAAUUAGCUCAACGAGCAGAUGAGAGGGCAAGCCAAGAUAUAUUCGUCGCUAGAAACAAGGGUAUAGAGAAUAUGAUAACCAUUGAUCUGCAUGGUCAACAUGUUAAACAAGCAAUGAGGCUAUUGAAGAUGCAUCUCUUACUCGGAGCAUAUGUCCCUUCCAUUCAGACACUACGUGUGAUCACAGGAUGUGGGUCUCAUGGGUUUGGGAAGUCCAAAGUGAAACAAUCGGUGACAAAGCUGCUAGAAAGAGAAGGCGUUGGGUAUUGUGAAGAGAACAGAGGGACAUUACUGAUCAAGCUUGAGGGAUGUAGUAGAGAGUUCAGUUUCAUAGACACAGAGAGUGACUCUGAUUUAAGUUAAAACUAAAACUAAACUCAGGUUUUAGCUUUAGAUCUUAUAAUUAUAUCUCUGUCUAUAUCUCAUUCUAGCUGUGUGUGUAAAGUAAAUGUUAAGCAGCACUUCUCUUCCUUAAUCAUCCUUUUUAUAUUUUCACAUUAUCUAAGAGUUAUGAAACACUUUGGCUGA